UGACGGAUUAUAGCUUUGCAAAUAAAUACAACUCAUCAGCAGGAAGGCAACAAAAGAUCUGUGUGACUCCAAACAGAAGAAAAGAACACUGCAUUUUGCUGUAUUCCUUGGAAAGAUGAACUGCCUGAUAUUGAUGUCAGCUAUCCUGGUCACCUUUUUUCCAAAGGGUGACACACAAGUCUUCAACCAUUGCAUCUGUGUUCGGGGGCUCUGCCCUUCUGGAUGGUAUCAGUACAAGGAUAGCUGCUACAGAGUUAUAACAACUCCAACAAGCUGGGUGAAUGCAGAGGCCUCCUGCCAGAAAAGCUACAGUGGGGCUCAUUUGGCAUCCAUCCACAGUGAUGAAGAAAAUAAUUAUAUUUUCAGUCUGACUGGAAACCUAUCUGAUUAUACAAAAGGAAAUGCAUACUGGAUUGGAGCCCAUGACACCCUUGUAGAAGGUAGCUAUAUGUGGACAGAUGGAACCGUGACAGAUUACCUGCAUUUUGGAACUGGUCAGCCUGAUAACCUUGGGAAUGAAGAUUUUAUUGGAUCAUGGUUUGUUCAAAAUGGUGCUGUUACUUGGAAUGACUACCCAGCAUCUUGGUCCUUCCCUUAUGUCUGCAAGUUCAGUCUAAAUAGAUGUUGCCUUAAGUAAACAAAGAAGCCCGACUGAUGGCCAUGUUUGACAAGUCUCCUAGGAAUAUCACACAUGAUAUAUUAGUCUUCUGUCCAAGGAAUUAUAUAAUUUCUUUUUAUAUUAUGUAUACCUUUUAGUUGUAAUCUUGUUACAUUUUGCUAUUAAAAGUGUUUAUUGAGUGUCAUUCAUAUUCCUGACAAUGGCCUACUGAAAUAACAUCUAGUGGCACUGUCAUUUCAACAGACUUUUUUAAUCAGAUACGUGGAGCAAAAGGUCUAUAUUAUAUGAACAAAAGUUCAUAUAAUCGAUUGCUCUAAUGAGC